AUGUUGAAAAGACUGAAUUAUUUACAAGAGAAAGGAAUUGUUAUUAGCGACGGCGUAUUUGAAGAAAUAUCAUACCUCAAAGACUUUGUAGAAAAACGAAGGGAUAAUGAAAUUUGGACCAGAAAAGCCAUGUACGAAAAAUGGUUGACUUUCUUUCAAGAAAGCGACAUUUUAGAAAGGAAACAGACCUUAAUUUUGAUGUGCCAAUACUUAUACGCAAUUCCUGGUCACAACGCCAAUGUGGAAAGAAUAUUUUCUUUGGUAGUUGCACAGUGGACUAAAGAACGCAAUCGCCUUCAAAUAGAAACAGUCGAAAGCAUAGUUCAAACAAAAUUCAAUUUUAAUAUGACAUGUUCAAAAUUCCAUAAGUACGUUAUGGGUAAACCUGACCUGCUGCAGAAAGUGAAGAAAUCUGAGAAAUAUAAUUAA